GGAUUCAAACCAAGGACUGUAGUGAUGCCUCUUGCCUUAGGCCGCUGCGCCACUCAGGAGUCAAAUACUAGAAUAGUGUAUUUUACUAUACAUUACAUCUCUGGUAAAUGUUUUGGUACUGUGGAAUACAUUGUUACUAGAUUAGAUUCACAGACAAGAGUCUGACUGUAAAACCGCUAGUUCUAUUUGGCCAACAUGAAGACGUAUAACAUGUAAUUUGUAUAAAAGACGAUUACGUAUUUAGUAUGCAAGUAAUCCUGUUUUUAAAAGUAUGCUAUUUUAACCAACUAUGCAAGGAAUAACCAUAGAUUUAAUUUAACAUUACCCUGUUCAUACCGUUCUGUGCAAGUUUACAAGCUGAGAUAUGAGCCUAUCUACCUUUGUGUAUGACAGUAUUGUAUGUCAGGUGGGUAUCAUUUUACUGCAGAGAUAUUUGACACCCAGGUAAGCCAGGCACAUAUCUGAAGUCAGGUGACCUGAGGUGGUAAUACACACAGACACACUGGUCCUCACUACUGCCAGUAACUACAGAACAGAACAGUACCAUGACGUUCAUCGCGAAGACCUUCUAUGAUCUGAAAGCCACGACCCUGGAGGGGAAUUCAGUAGAUUUCAAUGUGUUUCGAGGGCGGGUGGUCCUCAUUGAGAAUGUGGCAUCGCUCUGAGGGACAACCACCCGGGACUACAGCCAGCUCAACUUGCUCCAGAGCAAGUACCCUCACCGGCUAGUGGUCCUGGGCUUCCCCUGCAAUCAGUUUGGCUACCAGGAGAACUGUUCAAAUGGGGAGAUCCUGAACUCAUUGAAGUAUGUGCGUCCAGGAGAUGGCUACCAGCCUGGCUUCACUGUCUUUGAAAAGUGUGAUGUGAAUGGAACCAACACCCACCCUGUCUUUGCCUAUUUGAAAGACAAACUUCCCUAUCCUGAUGAUGAUCCACACACCCUCAUCCAGGAUCCUAAAUUCCUCAUCUGGAGUCCCAUCAGCAGGACAGACAUCUCUUGGAAUUUUGAGAAAUUCCUGGUUGGGCCAGAGGGAGAGCCCUUUAAACGUUACAGCAAAAUAUUUGAGACUAUCAACAUCGAGCCUGACAUACAAAGACUGUUGAGACUAACCAAGACCUGAAAAUAGCCUGGAAAUGUUCUCCUUGUGUACUACUCAUUCUGCUACACAAAUGACUUCACAUCUAUGAUAGACAGGAACUAUUAUGGCGUCGUCCAUCCUUUUGAGCUUUACUAAAUGAGGUUAAUAUUCUAAAAACUUGGGAGUAUUAUCUGAGGCCAUGUAAAUGCUCAAGAGUUGUGGGUUAUGCCUUGAUAAGUCUUCUUGCUCAUGUAAUAAAAAAUAUGGAAAGCAUCAGCUAUAUUUUUGUAUGUUCUCCAGCAGUGAUCCUGACCUUUAGUAAACCCUCUCCUGUCUUUUUCUAUGCUGGCCAGCAGGUGGUGCUACUAACUUAAUUUUUGAUUAGAUUUUUGCCACCGACUCAUUGAGUUGUUAGUCAAGUUUGUCAGACAAAAGGCAAUAUAUACACAAGGUAACUGUAAUUGGAAUAAAAUUAUUAGAUUCUACUUGUAUUAACCUGGAAAGUAUUCUUAUCGUUCCACCAUAUCCCAUGUGUAUUAAUCAUGUUAUAAUCAUUUUGACAUUUUCUAGUUUCACAUUACACUGUAUUUUAGUAACUGUCCAAUGUUUCCAGAUUUCUAUUAACUUUUCUAUGAUUUCUAUGAACUCGUUCCAAAGUGAAAAUUAACUGUGUUGUUACAGGAGUUGCUGUCCCGUGCUGAAAAUUAUUCCAGAAAAUAGGCUUAAAAGGAUCCGCCCCAUUAUUUUAAAUUUCCGCCUAAAAUGACAUACUCAAAUAUAACUGCCUGUAGCUCAGGCCUUGAAGCAAGGAUAUGUAUAUUCUUGGUAUCAUUUGAAAGGAAACACUUUGAAGUUUAUGGAAAUGUGAAAGGAAUGUCGGAGAAUAUAACAAUAGAUCUGGCCAAAUAUAAUACAAAGGAAAAACGUUUUUUGUACCGUCAUCUUUGAAAUGCAAGAGAAAGGCCUUAA